AUGCCUUCCAUCCGCAAGAUCGCCUUGUUCGGUCUUCUCGCCGCAUUGGCAACCAAUGCUCGACCCGUCAAAAAUCAGGGGAAGCGUGCCGAAUGUUCUCGUAACGCAAUGAAUCGUCAUGCCGUCGGUGGUCAGGACUCUGAAGCAGCUGACCGCGAGGGAAGUUGGGGUCGCCACCGGUGGGGUUCCUUUGGUUCUGAAAGCGGAAAGGAUGAUGAUUCGACGGCCAACGGUCAGGCUGGACAAGCCUCCUGGGCCGGCCGACCUACUGCUUCGGGCGGUGCCGUUAUGCCUUCUGGCGCUCCCGAGGCACCUUCAUCGCCACCGUCCGUCACUUCGGAAGCACCUGGAAGCCUUCUGGGUCCUUCUGGAAGCGAAAACGAGGCCCCUCUUGAGAUUUCCUCUAGUAUAGUCGAUGACCUUGGGGAGACUACUAUCGCGGCGACUUCGACCCAAGAAGCGGCUCCUACGACUACUUCGGAGCAGGAAGCCGGUCCUACUACUAUUUCGCAACAGGAAGCAGCUCAGGGCGAGUCCUCUUCUGGUAUUGUGCUGAUUCCCAUCACCGACGGUGCUGAGACCGCUGCUGCCUCUGCACCGGCCAACAUGGCUUUCCGUCCUGGUGGUGGACGGGGUAACCACAGCGGUAGUCGACCUUGGCAGUCUGCACCUCAGUCUGGAGCUGCUCCUGCUCCAACCGCUCCUGCUGUGCAACCCGCCCCGGCUCCGGUCACUACGGCUCAAGAGCCCGCUUCGACUAUCUGGGACAACCCUGGCAGCGGACCGAUCGUCGAUCCCUCGGAUCUUGUCACCUCCCAGCAAGCGCCUGCUCCUACAGCGGCUGUUCCGGUCCCCUCCUCCAGCAAAGCAUCGGUCCCGGCUCCCGCUCCGACUUCUGAUGUAGCACCAGCUCCUGUCGUUCCGGCUCCUUCCGGCGGAUCGCCUUCCUCUGGCAAGCGCGGCUUGGUCGUCAACGAAUCGUCUGGGAGCGCUUGGAAUGCCUGGACGGGAGGUGCGAUUAGCUGGCUUUCCAACUGGGACUGUUCACCCCCUGCCGGCUUGCCCGCUUCCAUUGAAUACGUUGCGCAACUUUGGGGAGCGGACAAGGUUACCAAAUUCAACGGGGACCUCCCCAACUUUGACUCAUGGGGUGUCUCUCAUAUAUUGAGCUUCAACGAGCCCGACAUUCCUCGUGGUUCAUCCGGAGGAUCAGCCCUGGGUGCUGCCGAUGGAGCUAGGAUUCACAAAGAGGUCUUCACGGCCGAGGUCGCUAGCAAGUACAAGAUCGGUACCCCUGCCGUAGCUCGGGGAGGCAAACAAUGGCUCAGCGACUGGGAGGCUGCAUGCGCCGGUGGAUGCGCUUACGACUUUGUCCCCAUUCACUUCUAUGGCAAGGACGCUUCUGCGUUUGCUCCCUACUUGAAAGAGAUGGCCGCCUUUGGCAAGCCGCUCUGGGUGACCGAAAUUGGCUGUGUAGAAUACGGCGCCACCACCUACUUCUGCAAUGAAGCCGAAACCACGGCGUUCAUGAAGCAGGUCAUGAGCGACAUGGACGAUCCAGCGAACAAUGUCGAGAGGUAUUCCUGGUUCGGCGCGUUUCCCAACAUGGCGUCUGGGGGAAAUGCCAACGGUAUCAUGAAGACUGACGGGACUCCCAACGCGUUGGGCAACCUCUACCUUGGCAAGGCCUAA